GAACGAGGUCUCGGUAUGAACGGAAAUAGGGACGAGCGAGCACUGGCUAUCACUGGCUAGAGAACAAGUCGUCUCAAGUUGAAUAACGACAGCAAAACAUUCCAAAAAGUCCCAGAACCUCCUCAGAUCCCAUUGCGAGCCUUGCUACCUAAAGCCAGCUUGAGAACCCCAGUCGGACACGCGACCUGUCAAGUGCCACCACUUGCGAACCGAGCCCACUUCGUCGAACUUCGAACUACAGCUAUACACGUUUGGAAUAGUGGCGUAUACAUAAAUCGCAUGGCACAGAAUCUGUUGAGCUGAGCUUGAACGGGCCGGGGGAAUCGAGUUGAGUCCAUCAUGGUCCCGAGAUUCUUUCCCGGCGACGAAGAGCUGGGGAAAAAGGACGAUGAAUAUAAACCCGGCAUGAAGAGCCCUUUGGGCCUGCGCAUAAUAUGGCAGCAGCGGCGGACCCCCUCUCAUCUGCGAUAUCGACGGACGUUCAAGCGAUUAGGCUUAGGGCUUUUGGCCCUAGUUGCCCUGUAUUAUUUCUUCUAUAACAUGCCGACUGAUCUUGGUCAACCAAGGCCGAGGCCGCAUUACCAUCCAGUCGAAGACACUACAUAUCUCCCUACCUCCGUUCCGGAUGUGACUCUUCCAAAAGAGCCUGGAAAGAAACCACCGAGUCUCCCGAACGGUUCAAAAAAUGGCCCAGGCAAAGAAGUAUGGCACGAUUUCAGUGGCCCUAUCAAGUUCUACAAGUUAGCCUCGACACUGAAGUCAGUUUCUGGGACAAGGGGCUCCCAAUUACUCAAUCGGAAUGUGCUAUUUGCAGCUGCCAGUUUGAAGAGUGCUGCAACGCUUGUGAGUUGGUAUCUUACAAUGGACUGUGCUAGAAGCUUAUUAGCAUAGUUACCCAUAGCCUGUGAAAUGGCCCUCCAAGAACGAAAUUUUGUCCAUUUCGUUUUAAUGGGUCGGGACGACAUUGAAAUGGAUAUACUAAAAUCCGUUAAUGGCGUAACAAAGUCCUGUAAAAUAACUUUUCACGGUAUUAUGAUCGAGUCAUGUAUUUCCCACCUCCCUCUUCUGACUUCAAGCAGACGCUCGUCCAGAUUUCUCCCUUGAGAGUUCUGAUCACCGAAUGGAAGUCAGUGUUUCUGCGGCGUUCAACCAUAUAAAUACUUAUAUCCACCCCCAAGCAACUUUUCUGGACAAAUCAGGCGAGGAAGAGCCUUUCAUGUUUAAAGGCCUUAAACCAAGAGCCGUGUCUAAUGGUCGAACCGUGAUUGAAUUGCCUGCUCAUACCGAGCAAAAUCUAAUGUGGCUUACCAUGUUGGAUAGCGCUUCGUUGAGUGGUAAGUUGUUCAACAUUGUAUCAUCAAUCGCGAUUCUAACAUUCAAAAGCUUGGAAUAAAAUUACUAUCGAUAUCGUUGUUCAUGCUCAACCGGCGGCUUCGGGCUCACUGAUGCGAUUGUUGGACUCUCUAAAAAAAGCAGAUUACAUGCACUCUUCUUACCCACGUCUAACAAUUGAGCUGCCAUAUAAGAUUGAUGAACCAACCCAAAAAUAUUUAGAAACGUUUCGCUGGCCAAUAGCUACAGAAGAUGAUCCAGGAAAUUCAAACUUGCUCACCCUCCAUCACCGGAUUCCACAACACGACCUUACACCUGAGGAGAACUCCAUCAGAUUUUUAGAGUCGUUCUGGCCUGCUGAGCCGACCACAUCUCAUGUACUUGUUCUCGCGCCUCAGACGGAGCUUUCGCCUUAUUUCUUCCAUUAUCUCAAAUACGCAAUGUUGGAAUAUAAAUAUUCCAAAAGUAAGUCUACCUCGUCACGCGACAAUUUUAUGGGGAUAGUCUUAGAACUCCCCUCAACCCAUCUCAACGACUCAACAACAUUUACUCCACCAACAGUCGAAAAGACAACGACGCCAUUCAUCUGGCAAUCACCGAGCAGCAAUGCGGCGCUGUACUUCGGGGACAAAUGGACUGAGUUACAUGAUUUUGUUGCUCGGUCCCUGAAUUCACAACACAAGCUCGCUCCAAGCAUUCCAAUUCCAAAAACGGUCUCCAAAAAUUAUCCAUCAUGGUUAGAAUACUUUUCAACCCUUAUGCGUGCUCGCGGAUACUGGAUGUUAUACCCGGGUCUGGAAGACGGUGAAUCCUUUGUCACUAUCCAUAACGAGCUCUACCACAGCCCGGAAGAAUACGCCAGCGACCCCGUCGAAGAAAAAACCCCAGCCUCGCUCGAUCCCAAGGAAGAACUAACGGCUGAUGCCGCACAGCACCCCAUUGGCAAGGAGAAACCACUUCUUACCACACCUCUACAAACCAUUCUUACUUCAAAGGGGGAUUUACCGCUUUUGACUGCUAUGCCCUUGCUGGGUUACGACGGGCAGUUGCUUGAAUUGAGUAAUGUAGGGGAGCAGGCUUCGACUUAUAGCGAUGAUUUCAGGGUUAGCGUGGGUGGUUGCGCGGCCGAUGCUGAUGAGAAGGAGAGGGUCGCACACUCGGCGGAGGAUUUAUUUUGUUCUGGGGAUGAAGAAGUUAAGAAUGCUUAGAAGGUUAAGAAGGUUGACACAAGUGAAACGAAGGAAGAGAAAGACAGCUAGGAUCGGGAAUUGAGAAUUGGGUUAGGGGUGUAAUAUUAGAGGUCUUGGUGUUAUUGUAGAUAUUUGUUUUG